AUCCUUUAAAUACCGCCUUGGAAAUUUCACGGUAUGAAGAAGAAGAUCGCAUGGUACGCCGGAAAAUACAAGAAGAGGAUGAAAAGAUUGAGAUUGAAAGGGUAAAGGAAGAAAGUCUGAAGCAAGCUAAGCAGGAGGAGGAAAAGAGAAGAUCAGAAGAGUUGAACAAGGAGCAAGGCAAAAGAAAGCAAGAGGACGAUGAUCAGCUUGUGAACACUUCUAAAGAUAAGGGCCAAAUCAAUCAUUCCAAAGAUGAUGUGGAAAAAGUUGUGAAUCCUCCUCCUAGGAUUGAUGGAAAAUCUGUGAUUGAAGAUGGAAUUUCUGUCAAUCCUCGAUCUUUAUGUUGCUUUCAUUGCCACAGACCAUUUGCUAUGCACGAGAUUUUAAAGAAGGGAAAGUUUCACAUAGAUUGCUACAAAGAGUACCGUAAUCGCAACUGCUAUGUCUGCCAACAGAAGAUUCCUUUAAAUGCGGAAGGUAUAAGAAAGUUCAAUGAGCAUCCGUUCUGGAAGGAGAAAUACUGUCCUGGUCAUGACGAUGAUGGAACUGCCAAGUGUUGCAGCUGUGAAAGAUUAGAGCCUAGGGGAACGAACUAUGUAAUGCUUGGUGACUUUCGGUGGCUAUGUCUAGAAUGUAUGGGAUCAGCGGUUAUGGAUACUAACGAAGUCCAGCCUUUGCACUUUGAAAUCCGUGAAUUCUUCGAAGGCUUGUUCUUCAAGGUUGACAAAGAAUUUUCUCUUCUUCUUGUUGAGAAACAAGCGCUGAAUAAAGCUGAGGAAGAAGAGAAGAUUGACUACCAUCGUGCAGCAGUAACCAGAGGUCUUUGCAUGUCUGAAGAGCAAAUUGUCCCAAGUAUAAUAAAGGGGCCAAGGAUGGGGCCGGACAAUCAGCUAAUAACAGACAUAGUUACAGAGUCUCAAAAAGUGAGUGGCUGCGAGGUUACUGGGAUUCUCAUCAUAUAUGGACUUCCUAGGUUACUAACAGGAUAUAUCUUGGCUCACGAGAUGAUGCAUGCUUGGCUUAGACUCAAUGGUUAUAAGAAUCUUAAGUUAGAGCUUGAAGAAGGAUUGUGCCAAGCGUUAGGCCUCAGGUGGUUGGAGUCUCAGACAUUUGCAUCUACUGAUGCUGCUGCUGCUGUCGCUUCUACUUCUGCUUCUUCCCCUGCUCCUCCAGCGGCUAUCACGUCAAAGAAAAGUGACGACUGGUCUAUUUUCGAGAAGAAGCUCGUAGAUUUUUGCAUGAAUCAGAUAAAAGAAGAUGAUUCACCGGUCUACGGUCUCGGAUUCAAACAAGUUUACGAGAUGAUGGUCUCAAAUAACUACAACAUUAAGGAUACCCUUAAAGAGAUCGAUGAUAUCAAAACCGCCAAGGAAAUUUCACGGCAUGAAGACGAAAAUCGCAGGGCACGUGAAAAAAUUGAGAUUGCUAAGGCAAAGAAAGAAAGUUUGAAGCUAGCUGAGCAAGAGAAGGAAAUUAGAAGAUUAGAAAAGUCAAAGAAAAAAGGCAAAACUAAGCAAGUGGAUGAUGGUGAUCAUGUGGAGGAGGAUAAGGGACAAGUUAAGCCUUCCCAAGAUCAUGUGGAGGGAAAAGAUGUGAAUCCUCCUCCUAGCAUAUGCCGUGGUUGCAACUAUGCGAUUGAAGAUGGAAUAUAUGCCAAUGCUUUUGGUGUUCUUUGGCAUCCUUUGUGUUUAUCCCUUCAUGGUCAACAACCAAUUGCUAAGAGCGAGAUUCCAAACUGCUAUGUCUGUGAAAAGAAGAUUUCUUUAACUUCGGAAGGUAGAAAGUUCAAGGCGCAUCCGUUCUGGAAGGAGAAAUACUGUUUUAGUCAUGAUGAUGAUGGAACUCCCAAGUGUUGCAGCUGUGAAAGAUUAGAGUCUUGUGGAACAAAGUAUGUAAACCUUGAAGAUGGUCGAUGGCUAUGUCGAGAAUGUAUAGAAUGCGCGGUUAUGGAUACUGUUGAAUGCCAUAAUUUACAUUUGGAAAUCCGUGAAUUCUUCGAAGGCCUAAACAUGAAGAUCGAGAAACAAUUUCCUCUCCUUUUGGUAGAGAAAGAAGCGCUCAACAAAGCUGAAAAGGAAGAGAAGAUUGACAAUUAUUAUGGGACUACCAGAGGUAUUUGCCUGUCUGAAGAGCAGAUGGUCACAAGUGUUUCAAAAAUUAAAAGGCAAAGGAUGGGGGACAACAAGCAGCUGAUACUAGAGAUAGUUCCAAAGUCUCAAAUGGUUCUUCGCAAGUGCGAGGUCACUGCAAUUCUAAUCUUAUAUGGACUUCCUAGGUUCCUAACAGGAUAUAUCUUGGCUCAUGAGAUGAUGCAUGCGUGGCUUAGACUCAACGGUUAUAGAAAUCUAGACAUGGUUCUCGAAGAAGGAUUAUGCCAAGUGUUAGGCCACAUGUGGUUGGAGCCUCAGACAUACGCGACUCCUGAUGUAGCACCAGCAGCUUCUUCUUCUCGCACUCUUCCAGCUACAACUACAUCAAAGAAAGGUGAGCCAUCUGAAUAUGAGAAACGGCUCGUGAAGUUUUGCAAGGAUCAGAUAGAAACAGAUGAAUCACCAGUCUACGGUGACGGGUUCAGGAAAGUUAACAAGAUGAUGGCCUCAAAUCAUUACAGCCUUAAAGAUACACUGAAAGAGAUCGUUAGCAUUUCCAAGACUACAGCAUAAUUACCAAUUAUACACACAUACCCGUAUACCAAUUAUAUAUACAUACUUUUAUUUGGUGUAAACACUGCUUCUUCUUCUGUUCUAAUGCUCUUUGUUCCUCUGUUCAACACUUAAACGAUCUUGCGUGUUAUACAAGUGUAAUUUUGGUUGGAUUUAUAAUUUCUUGCCGUUGACGCAAUCCUAGCGUUCUUUCGUUAAUUUGGUGAUUGUUCUUCCUACAAUAAAACCUAUAUUUCGUA